CCGCGUCCUGCCAGGCGCCAGCUUAAUAGUUAAUAUCGACUGUUACCAUUUUCAAUUUUGAGCAUUUGUACAGUGUUCACCAAGUUGACGUUUCAGUAAGAUUUUAUCUCUCGUCUUUACUUUUACACGUUUAAAACUCUAUUUUAAAUAUCGAAAAAUUCGGAGAAAACAUAUUUUCAAUUCCAAACACUGUCGUGCAGAACUCUCCUAGCCCUUCCUAGUCAAACUUAAGAAUGUCGAACAUGUCGAACACGAGACUAUCUACUGCAUCUUCGUACAGUAAAAAUAAAGCCAAGAAGGAUCUGCAUCCAUUUCAUGAUUCAUCUGUCUCAAUCAAGAAAGAAGAGAUUCCUCUGGAGAUGGUGAACUCGAAAAUGAUUUCAUUGGAUUCAGCCCCCAAGUGUCUCAUACAAAUACAAGAUACUCAAUCCAAAAAACAGAGAAUGUCAAUCAGUGGCCAAGAAAAUGCAGUAAAAAUGAACAAGUCAGGAGACUGGGAGCACCAACUGAAAGGUUCUUUCUCAAGAAAAACUGCUACUACUACUAGACAAACACCAGUUGAAAAGAAGAAAGAAGUCACCACAAACUUCGAUUCGGAUGAUUUUUUUCAAGAGCACGAAUCCUUGUCGGGAAAAAUUGAUAAAAAAAUGAAACCACCAUCAGCUAGAAAUACAGAAAAAACAACCACUCAAAUUCCUCCAUCGGCUAAGAAAAGAGGAACGAAAAAUGAUGAAAGCCCAUCUACAGAAACUGGUGAUUCACCUGAACCAGCCGCGAAACGGCCCAUUGUUGCUUCAGAACGGAAAACUAUCUCAGCUGAAGAACCAGCCACAUCAUCCACCGAACAUGUAGACAAAGAAAACAAUACGAAAAAUAAUCCGCACGGGAACAAAGUUUCAACGAUUGUGGAUGAAGUAGUGGAAAUGGAUUUAUCUGCAGGAGGAUCGAAGAGUAAACCCCCAAAGUCUGCGGACCCAAUAUUACGUGAAAACAAGGGUCGCAGUCGUGGUUUCGGUCGCCCAAAGAGAGAUGUUUCAGCUAAAUGUGUACCUGGAACAAGUUCAAGUUCUCCUACCAAGUCCUUAGACCACCACAGUAGAGUGGGAACUAAAACGCCUGAAGCUAAAAAUGACGAAGCGCAUGAGAUGACAUUAAAAACCGCAGACAAAUCCAAAGAAAGGAAGUACCGUUUCUUGAGCAGCUCAGAAUCUGAAGUAGGAGACGAAGAGGACGACGAAGACGAUAACAAUUUCCUCAGUCGUCAGAAAACCAAAAGUCCAAAAAUUGCGGUUCCUAAGCCCACUUUUAACACGCCAGCCACAGUCGUUAACAAAGUUUCAGAAUUGGGUACACCCAAAACUUCGAAAUUCCGUCUCCUACCUGAACCGGUACUACCGCCCCGGACUCCCAGGCGAACGCUUACUUUGGCCAAAGAAUCUUCAGAGUUGAGCAGCCUAUUAGCAUUCAAGAAACGUUUUAAACAACAACCUUUGGAUUUGUCUGCGGUUUUUAAUGUCAUCUCAUGCGCUUCGUCAUUUUUAGCUUCAGGCGUUUUAGUUUCCACUCUACUGUAUAUUUGCCUAAGGACUUGGUAGGAGAACUUGAACUUGUUCCAGGUACACAUUCAGCUGAAACAUCUCUCUUCGAGCGACUGAAACCACGACUGCGACCAUUGUUUUCACGUAAUGUUGGGUCUAACAAUUCAAAUUUGUAUAAUGGUUAAUAAGACGGUUUCAGUAAAUAAGACUUUUUUUU